GUCGAAGGAGGAGGGCUGGCAGCUGGGGGUGGUGCAUCAGGUUUCGAGGGCGCGGGCGGAGGACCUCCCGUGCAACAUCCAUUUCGUCGACCUCGAGCGGCGUUUCAACGUGUCGCCGUCGCCGGCGAAAUAUUGUACGGCGGUGGAUGGUCCGCCUGGCCCAUGGUGCUUUCUGGUGCACAUGCGGUCCGGGAGCGUCCGACGGAACGGGACCUGAGGGGUGCACUGUCGUGGUGGUAGGGGUGCGCUGUGGUGGAGAUUUCGUCGCGGUGGGCGAGGAGCGCUGUGAAGGAGGUUUUGUCGUGGUGGAUGGGGAGCGCUGUGGGAGCGAGACGGCACCUCGAGGAUUGUUCAAGGUGGAAGGGGAGAGCGUGACGGCGCUUCCUACGACUGCCUACGACCUCGUCGGCGCUUCGAGCACCUUCAAACGACUCCGUCGGCGCUUUCCCUAA